AUGUCACUAGAUGAGUACGAAUUGGAAAAAAGAAAACAAAUAAGUGUUCGAGGAAUCGCGGAAGUCGAAAAUGUCUCUAAUCUAAAAACCUCUUUUAAUCGGCAUCUUCAUUUUGACAUAGUUAAAGAUAGAAAUGUCGCCACGCCCCGUGAUUUUUACCUUGCUCUCGCAAAGACCGUCUGGGAUCAUCUCUGCUCCCGAUGGAUUCGUACUCAACAAGCCUAUUUCCGGGAAGAUCCUAAGCGCGUGUAUUACUUAUCAAUGGAGUUCUAUAUGGGUCGUACGUUGACUAACACCAUGAUGAACGUUGACAUUACCGCAGCCAUCGAUGAAGCUCUUUACCAGAUGGGUCUGGAUAUAGAGGAACUGGAAGAAAUUGAAACUGACGCUGGACUGGGUAAUGGAGGUCUCGGUCGCCUUGCUGCCUGCUUCCUUGAUUCUAUGGCAACUUUAGGAUUGGCUGCUUACGGGUAUGGUAUUCGCUACGACUACGGUAUCUUCGAACAGAAAAUUGAAAAUGGGUGGCAGGUUGAGGAGCCGGACGAGUGGCUGCGCUAUGGUAAUCCCUGGGAGAAGGGUCGACCCGAAUAUUGCUAUCCAGUGAACUUUUACGGGCAUGUGGAGGAUGCGGGGGAUGGUAAACGCAAGUGGAUUAAUUCGGAGGCUGUUUUUGCCAUGCCCUAUGAUACUCCGAUUCCCGGCUAUCGUAACAACACUUGUAACACUCUGCGCCUUUGGUCAGCCAAGGCGCCUUCGGGCUUCGAUCUACGAAUUUUCAACACUGGUGCUUACAUUGAUGCUGUUUUUGGCCGUAACUCCGCGGAAAAUAUAUCACGAGUUCUCUAUCCUAAUGACAACUUCUUUGAGGGUAAAGAACUACGUCUAAAACAGGAGUAUUUUCUUGUGGCUGCUACACUCCAGGAUAUAAUCAGAAGAUAUCGGGUUACUGAUCAUGGUCAAAGGUCCUUAGAAAACUUUCCAAACAAAGUAGCCAUUCAGCUUAAUGAUACGCACCCGUCCUUUGCGAUUCCUGAACUUAUGCGCAUUCUCGUUGAUGUGGAAGGAAUGGAGUGGGAGAAGGCUUGGGAUAUCACUUGCGCCACUUUUGCCUAUACAAAUCACACAGUUCUUCCUGAAGCACUAGAGCGCUGGCCUUGUUCUCUGUUGGAAAACAUUCUACCGCGUCAUUUGGAAAUCAUCUAUCGUAUUAAUCAAGAAUUUUUGGAUCUGAUGCUUACGAAAUGGCCAGGUGACAUGGAUCGCCUUCGACGAAUGUCGAUAAUUGAGGAGGACGGAGAAAAACGCGUCAAUAUGGCUUACCUCUGCAUCAUAGGCUCCCACGCCGUGAACGGUGUCUCUGAAGUCCAUACCGAGAUCAUCAAGAAUGACGUCUUUCACGACUUUUAUGAGAUGUGGCCAGAAAAAUUCCAAAAUAAGACAAACGGCAUCACGCCAAGACGAUGGCUUCUCUUGUGUAAUCCCUCCCUAUCUGAUGCGAUUAUGGAUGCCAUGGGAGACGAUAGUUGGAUUACUAACUUUGAAAAACUGAAGGAUCUCUCAACUCUUGCAAACAACAUUCAGUUCCUACAAAAUUUGAUGCGUAUCAAACGCGAAAACAAAGCCAAAUUUGCAUCUUACAUGGAACAACAUUACAAAGUUAAGAUCGAUCCCUCAACCCUCUUUGACUUUCAGGUGAAGCGCAUCCACGAAUACAAACGCCAGUUGCUGAACUGCUUCUAUGUGAUCGCUCAGUACAACCGGAUUAAGGCGAAUCCAAAUUUGAAAAUGGUGCCGCGCACCGUCAUGAUUGGUGGGAAGGCGGCGCCUGGCUAUCAUAUGGCCAAGUUGAUAAUAAAACUCAUCACCUCCGUUGGCAGUGUGAUCAACAACGACCCUAUUGUGCGUGGGAGACUGAAGCCAUUCAUCCGAACGGUGGAGGGAAUUGUACCUCUCCUUGGUGGUUGA